AUGGCGGUGGGUCUCCGCCAGCUGCACGGCCUGCUGCUCCCGCCCAAGGACCUGGUGGAGGAAGACUGCGACUAUGUAGAUGCGGAGGAGGAUGACGACGCAGCGUUUGUCGACGCCGAGGAGCUCUGCAGUGGGGCCGUAAGGGCUGGCAGCCUCCCCGGGCGCCUCCGUGUGUUAAUUUCUGAUGAAGACACUCAAGAGCAAUGUGAGGUGUUUGGACGUUUUCCAAUAGUGGCUCCUUGGUGGCGCGUGAAGGUGCAAGUGAAGCCUCUGGGACAAAGGAGCUAUCAAGUUCAAGGAUUCCCCUCUUACUUUUUACAGUCUGACAUGUCACCACCAAAUCAAAAACAUACCUGCCUCCUCUUUCUUAAAGAAUGUCGCGUCCCCAGUCAUGAUAUAAAUGAAUUUUUAGCAUGGUUUACCCAUGUAUCAAGCUAUAAAGACCUAAACUUUGAAAAUCUUAGGGAAACAUUAAGGACUUUUUAUAAGGAGAAAAGAAAGAAAGAUCAAAAGCAGUCUUCACAGAAUGAGCAGGAAGAGUCUUCAGAUGAUGAGCUGAGUCUUCCUCUGGAAAACACAAUUCCAUUUAUAAAUGUAAUGACAGCUUUGAAGUUUCCAAAAAUUAUGGAAUUCCUCCCAGUUCUCCUGCCGCGACACUUUAAAUGGCUUAUCAGCUCAGGUUCUUACGAGCUGUUGGAAGAGAUAGAAGAGAUUUUAGGUACGCAUCCAUGGAAACUUGGAUUUAGUAAAAUAACCUACAGAGAAUUGAAGCUUUUGCGAUGUGAGGCAAGUUGGAAAGCAUUCUGUCAGUGUGAGUCUCUUCUCCGGUUGAUGACUGAUUUGGAGAAGAAUGCAUUAAUUGUAUAUUCUACACUGAAGCAGAUAUGUAGAGAGCACGGGCACACGUGUGUUAAAGAGGUGGAGUUAACCUCGACCUUGUCAGAGCAGAUGUCAUUUCAUGAUGCUUGGCAGUCUCUGAAGUUUCUGAAAGAUAUCGGCGUGGUGAUGUAUGAGAAGGCCUGUGUCUUCCCUUUCGACCUUUAUCAGGCUGAAAGAGGCAUCGCCUCUUCCAUAUGUGACCUGAUCAGGAAGCCUCCAUGGCGGUUGCACGUCGAUGUCAAACAGGUGCUUGCAUCUGUUCACACCGGAAACCCUAAGAGUUCCAGGAGUGAUGAUGCCGCGAAUGAUAGUACACCUGAUGAAACGCCCUCAGAAAGUUCUGUGGACGUUGUGGACACUCAGGACCGUGGUGACAUUUGCCGUAAUCAUGACGAUGACACGAAUGCAGACAGAAGUGAAGCUCAGCUGGACCGGGAUCAGGUGACCGCUCUGGAUAUGAUUUGCUCCAAUGCUGUGACAGUCAUAAGUGGGAAAGGGGGCUGUGGGAAGACUACCAUUGUUAGCCAUCUUUUUAAGCACAUAGAGCAGUUGGAAGAAAAGGAAGUAAAAAAAGCCUGCGAAGAUUUUGAACAAGACCAGAAUGUCUCAGAAGAAUGGAUGACCUUUUCUCAGCAGAAUCGGCUGGAGACAGACAAGGCUGUAGAAGUGUUGCUCACAGCACCUACAGGGAAGGCAGCUGGCUUACUGAGACAGAAAACUGGUCUUCACGCUUACACGCUAUGUCAGGUCAAUUAUAGCUUCUAUUUGUGGAACAAAAUGGAAACCAAAGGCAGGCCGUGGAAGUUUUCUUCAGUUAGAGUUCUGGUUGUGGAUGAAGGGAGUUUGGUGUCUGUAGGAAUCUUCAAGUCGGUUUUAAAUUUAUUGCGUGAGCACUCCAAACUUUCUAAGCUCAUUAUCCUUGGUGAUAUUAGACAAUUACCCAGUAUUGAACCUGGAAACUUGCUGAAAGAUCUUUUUGAAACUCUUAAAGCAAGAAAAUAUGCUGUUGAGCUAAAGACAAAUCAUAGAGCAGAAUCCCAGCUAAUUGUGGAUAAUGCUACAAGAAUCUCAAGACGCCAGUUUCCAGAAUUUGAUGCAGAACUAAGUAUCUCUGAUAAUCCUACAUUCCCCAUCUCAAUUCAAGAUAAGAAAUUUAUUUUUGUCAGACUCCCUGAAGAGGAUACCAGUUCUCAGUUAUCUAAAAAUUAUCAUCACUCUUAUUUAUAUUCAGCAGUUAGAACUUUGUUACAAGAAGAGGAUUUCAAAAGUGCAGAAACAUCACAAUUUAUUGCAUUUAGAAGGCAAGACUGUGAUUUAAUCAACGACUGCUGUUGCAAGCACUACACAGGCCGCCUCAGCAAAGACCAUCAGAACAGACUUGUGUUUGGAAUUGGUGAUAAAAUCUGCUGUACAAAGAAUGCAUACCUCUCAGAUUUACUCCCUGAAGAUACCUCCAGCAGUCAGCAAAAUAACGACCUAAACGCCAGCGGUGAGGACAUUUGUGCUGCUCCUCAUGAUUUUGCUAAAAAUAAGCAUAAUUUUGAAAGUGGUAUUCGACUGUGCAAUGGAGACAUAUUUUUUAUUACAAAGGACAUUACCGAUGUAACUUUUGCAAAGAGAAGAUCAUUGACCAUUAAUAAUAUGGCUGGCUUAGAGGUCACUGUGGAUUUCAGGAAACUAAUGCAUUAUGGUCGCAUAAAACACGCGUGGGCAAGAACUAUUCACACGUUUCAGGGGUCGGAGGAGCAAACUGUCGUCUAUGUGGUAGGAAAGGCGGGCCGCCAGCACUGGCAGCAUGUCUACACAGCAGUGACCAGAGGCCGCAGCAAAGUGUACGUCAUUGCAGAAGAGUCCCAGCUCCGGAGUGCAAUCGUUAAAAACAGUGUUCCCAGAAACACUCGUUUAAAACAUUUCUUGCAAAAUAAGCUCUCCAUUAGCUGUGCAUCUCCAGCAGAUUUUCCGUCCCCAUCGAUGAGCUCCGGGGACAGCGGGAGACCCAGCACACAGCCGCCCACCGAACUCUUCCCUACAGUCCCUUACGACACGGCAAUAAAGGACAUCACCGGGUGUGAGGUCUCUUUGGCCGAAGAUUGGAUGCUUCCCUUUGCUGAAAGGUGCCAGUUAUCUUCAUCCGAUGAAGUGGACACAGAUGACGAUUUUUCAAAAUUGCGAGGGUCCAAAAGAACCUGCGGUGUGAAUAAUGAUGAGAGCCCAAGCAAAGUCCGAAUGGUGGAGGAAGCAUCUCCACAAAUGUCUUCCCGACUUCAGAAUUUGAGACUAAAUAAUUUAGUCCCCCGGGAACUUUUCAGUCCCAUAAAUAAUCAAGAAACGUAAUUUUAUUUCAGAUUGUUUAUCUGUUGUUUUCAAUUCGAGAUAAAAUGAACAUCGUAACUUCUAAGUAUCAAGAUAAAAGAAGAUGCCUAUCACUGGAAUUUUAUUUUAAAGUGUUUGUGUUAGCAGAUGUUUUAAAUCCAUUUGAUCAGAGAAAACCUUAAUGAUUUCAACAUCUGUCCUCGUGAGAAGGUAGCACUGGACAUAAAUGAAGAAAAAAGGUGCAACUUUUAAAAACUGUUUACUUGAAAAAGUGUCUUACUUUUAUGAUCAUGCCUUAUAACUGUCGAUGAUCAUUGGGGUUAUCUUUGCCAGUGGGUUGAAGCAAUGGUGAAGAAAAAGAAAUUGCACCUCUUGGUUUAUGGAUACGCUUUCUAGGAUAGCAUUAUCUUCUGUAAAUGGUCAUUGUUCAAGGCUGCCGCUCAUUCCCGGGCCCAGCACUCCUGGCACUAUUUCAUGGAAAUGCCUUCUGAAUUGGGAACACAUCGUCCUGAACAUAAUCCACUCUGAAAGAACUUUUUUCUCUGCGUUACUUUGUGUUUAAAUUUUUAUUUAUUGUUAAAUGAUAAAAGAAAAAUGUAUGAUGAAAAACAUUUCCUGCUAUCUCAAGUUUUAAAAAAAGGUUCAUUGAGAGAAAAUUCACAAACAGUUCAGGCAUUUAAAAUGUGCAAUUCAGUGGCUCUUAGUCACAGAAGUAUGCAACUGUCAUCGUAAUCAAUUUUAGAACAUUUUUCUUAUCCAGAAAAGAAAUCCCAGAAGCCUUAGCUGUAUUCCCUGAUCCUCUGAGUCCUAGGUAACUGCUAAUCUACUUUGUUGAGUUGUAUUCUGGGCAUUUCCUAUCAAUGAAAUCAUGUGCUGUGUGGUCCUUUGUUACCGACUCCUUUGAUUAGCAUCAUGUUUUCAGACACCAGGUUGUAUCGGUAAUGUAUCAGUGCUUCAUCUCGUCAUUGUCAAAAACAUUCCAUCGUAGUGAUAGAGCCCAUUGACUUUAUCUGUUUAUCAGUUAAUGGUUGGUGGUUUCUACUUUUUGGCUACUGUGACCAUACUGCUGUGACCAUGUUUUUGUGUGGCCUUGCUGUCAUUUAUUUUACGUGUGGAGUGGAAUUGCUGGGCGAUAGAGUAACUGUGUUUAACCUUUUGAAGAAUUGCCAGACUGUUUUCAAAAGCAGCUGCACCAUUUUUACUUUCCAGCAGUGUUUGAGGGAUCCCGUUUCUCUCCACACUCUUCAGCAUGUGUUAUUAUCUAACACCUUGAUCACAGCCAUCCUACCGAGUGUGAAGUGGUGUUUCACUGUGGCUUUGCUUUCUGUUUUCCUUAGGGCUAAUAAUACUGAACAUCUUUCAUGUGCUUUUUGGCCAUUUAUAUGUCUUCUUUGGAGAAAAUGUGAGUUGUUUAUAUAUUCAAGUCCAUUAUCAGAAACAUGAUUUGCAAUUUUUCUCCCAUCCUAUGGAUUUUUAUAUUCUUGGUGGUGUCCUUUGAAGGAAGAGCUUUUACUUCUGAUGAUGCUUGUGAUGUUGGUGAUUGUUGUUGCUUGUGAUUUUGGUGUUCCAUAGAAGAAACCAUUGCCCAUCCCAAAACAUGAGGACUUACUGCUAUUUUUCUCUGAAGCAGCUUAAUAGUUUUAGCUCUCACGUUUUGAUAAUGGAUUCAUUUUGAUUUAAUUUUGAUGUAUGAUGUGAAGUAGCAGUCACAUUUCAUUCUUCCUGUUUUUAAUUUUUUCCCCCUUACACUUGCUGCAGGGUACGUGCACUUGCAAGCAAGGGACAGAGAGGGAGAGAGAGGGAAAAUGAGAAAGCACUCCUUGGGGG